GGGCGCGCAAACAAUCAGUAUGUGGAUAAUAAGUUGUAGAUAAGAGGUGUUAUAGUAUCAAGACACAUAUUUGAGAAUACACAAGAAUCAAGUUUCAUAGUUUGAAGUGUGUGAAGAACAAGACUCAAAGAGAUAAUAUAGUAUGCAGAUGUAUCAUCAUCUUCAUGAAGGAAAGAACAUUCAUUCGACAUCAAGAAUGUCAAUUACGCCGGAAAGGCAUCUGUUUUUGCAAGGUGGACAUAAUGGAGAGGAUUCGGGACUUGUUCUUUCGACUGAUGCCAAACCUAGACUCAAAUGGACACCGGAUCUCCAUGAACGGUUCAUAGAAGCCGUCAACCAACUUGGAGGAGCAGAUAAGGCUACUCCAAAAUCAGUUUUGAAGCUAAUGGGAAUUCAAGGGCUUACUUUAUAUCACUUAAAAAGUCACCUCCAGAAAUACAGGCUGAGUAAGAAUCAAUAUAGACAAACUAAUAGCGGUGGCACAAACAAAGUUGAUAUGGUGGCGGGAGAUGCGGUUAGUGAAACAAGUGGAAGUCGCAUGAGCAACUCGAGCGUGCAAACAAACAAAAACCCGCAGAUAAGUGAAGCCAUACAGAUGCAAAUUGAAGCUCAAAGAAGGCUGCAUGAACAGCUUGAGGUACAAAGACACUUACAGCUUCGAAUCGAAGCACAAGGGAAAUACUUGCAAUCGGUUCUUGAAAAAGCGCAACAAACGCUUGGAAGGCAAAACUUAGGUUCGGUAGGACUAGAGGCUGCAAAGGUUCAAUUAUCCGACUUGGUGUCUAAAGUGUCUACUCACUGCAUAAACUCUACGUUAAUCAACGAUGUAUCAAUGCGUACGAACCAGCCAACAGAUUGUUCGGUUGAUAGUUGUUUGACUUACGGUGAAGGUCAACAAACUGAACAAGAAAUGAUCGGUUUGACACUUUUAAAGGCGAAGAAGGUUGAGAAUGAGCCGGAAAAUGUCAAGAGGUGUGAUCUGUCAAUCAGUGUUGGAGGACUUAAGAGCAUUGCAUGGAACACAAGAUUUACGGAUAGGGGCGAAGAAGUCAUUUUAACGGAUCAAACGAAUCAAAGCAAGACGGAUUAUGUGAAGGAAGAGAAAACUGAGAUGCCACAGAAGUUGCAACUGACAUAUUUUGGACAAAGUUUGGACCUUAAUGCCCAUGAUGGAAACGAUGCAGCGUCAAGUCGCAAGCAUUUCGAUUUGAAUGGACUUGGUUGGUAAUAGAUGUUACGGAAUCAUGUUUCUGAUUAAUGCCUGGGGAUUAAAGAUCUUGUAUUGGUUUUUUAGAUUUUUUUGUAGCAUAAAAUAAUUGGAAAAAUAUGAGAUAAUUACCAAUUUGUGGCGAUCGUGUCAUACAUAUUGACUCUAGCCCAGACACAUUUAAAACAUGACUCAUGUAACCCGUUUAUUUAAACGGGCCAAACAGGUUGGUAGGUUGUAAACAGGUUAAACGGGUCAUAUAUGGGUUGAACUUGUAGAUUAUAUAUUUUAAACGAAUAUAUCUAAUUCUAAACAGGUUGGCGGGUCGGCCCAUUUGUUUA